CCGCCCGCCGGCUCCCGCCGUUCCUGCCUGCUCCCGCCGCCGCCGUCCAUCUGUCCGCCCGUCCGUCCGCGUCUUUGAGCAGCCGCCGCGCCUGGCGCCCGGGGUUCGCUGGUGGCUCAGACGGUAAAGCGUCUGCCUACAAUGUGGGAGACCCAGGUUUGAUCCCUGGGUCGGGAAGAUCCUCUAGAGAAGGAAACGGCAACCUACUCCAGUAUUCUCACCUGGAAAAUCCCAUGGACAGCGGAGCAUGAUGAAGAUUCGAGUCUCUAUCACUUACAUGCCUGUGAUCAUUGGAUGAUGGAGUAGAGAUCCGUCAAGAGUGUGAGGACUUUAUAAGUAGCUGACGUUACUCAAAAUGUGCAAAGAAGAAUAAUGGAAGCCCCUGAAUACCUUGAUUUGGAUGAAAUUGACUUCAGUGAUGACAUCUCUUAUUCAGUCACGUCACUCAAGACCAUCCCGGAACUGUGCCGAAGAUGUGAUUCCCAAAAUGAAGACAGAUCAGUGUCUAGCUCUGGCUGGAAUUGUGGUGUCUCAACUCUUAUUACAAACACGCAGAAGCCCACAGGAAUCGCCGAUGUGUAUAGUAAGUUCCGCCCAGUGAAAAGAGUGUCCCCCUUGAAACACCAGCCAGAGACUCUGGAGAACAAUGAAAGUGAUGAUCAAAAGAACCAAAAGGCAGAGUACCAGAAAGGGGGUGAUUCUGACCCAGGCCCCCAGCCCGAGGAGCUCGGCCCCAGAGCUGGCGAGGGCAGCCCCCAGAGGAAGAGCACGGAACCCAGCACCCUGCUGGGGGAGCUGGAACAUUAUGACCUCGACAUGGAUGAGAUUCUCGACGUGCCUUACAUCAAAUCCAGUCAGCAGCUGGCCUCUUUCACCAAGGCGACUUCGGAAAAAAGAAUUUUGGGUUUAUGCACAAGCAUUAAUGGCCUUUCCGGCAAAGCGUGCCCUACAGGAAGUGCCGAGAGCUCCCCGUCUAACAUGACACCGUUUUGUGUUCUUUCUCCUGUGAAAAGCCCUCACUUGAGAAAAGCGUCCUCUGUUGUCCAGGACCAACAGAAGCUCUCCCCUGAGGAAUCAGAGAGUUCUCCUCCUCUCGUUAAAUGUGGCUCUGCUUAUGAGCCUGAAGACCAGGGUAAGGACUUCCUACACAAGACCUUCAGUGAUCCUCACAGUCGGAAAGUUGACAAGGCUAUGGCACCAGAUUGCCAGCUCAGGGCCUUCCAUCUGCAGUCGGCAACAGACCCCAACCCUGAGGAGCAGGUUGGUGGCAUGAACUGGACCAGCUCCCAGGGACCCGAAGAAAGGAACGAGUACCUGAAAAAGGUGAAAAGCAUCUUGAACAUUGUUAAAGAAGGGCAAAUAUCUCUCCUGCCACACCUAGCUGCCGACAAUCUAGACAAAAUUCAUGACGAAAGUGGAAACAAUCUCUUACACGUUGCCGCAUCACAGGGACACGCAGAGUGUCUGCAGCACCUCACUUCUUUGAUGGGAGAAGACUGCCUCAACGAGCGAAAUGUGGAGAAGUUGACUCCAGCAGGCCUGGCCAUCAAGAAUGGUCAGUUGGAGUGUGUACGCUGGAUGGUGAGUGAAACAGAAGCCAUUGCUGAAUUGAGUUGUUCUAAGGAUUUUCCAAGCCUUAUUCAUUACGCAGGUUGUUUUGGUCAGGAGAAGAUUCUGCUGUGGCUUCUUCAGUUCAUGCAAGAGCAGGGCAUCUCGCUGGAUGAAGUGGACCAAGAUGGUAACAGUGCUGUUCAUGUGGCCUCACAGCAUGGCUACCUCGGGUGCAUACAGACCCUGGUUGAGUACGGAGCAAAUGUCACGAUGCAGAACCACGCCGGGGAGAAGCCCUCCCAGAGCGCCGAGCGCCACGGACACAGCCUGUGCUCCCGGUACCUGGUGGUGGUGGAGACCUGCAUGUCGCUCGCCUCCCAGGUGGUGAAGCUCACCAAGCAGCUGAAGGAACAGACAAUGCAACGUGUCACAUUGCAGAACCAGCUCCAACAACUUCUAGAAGCCCAGAAAUCAGAGGGCAAGUCACUCCUUUCUUCACCCAGUUCACCGUCCUCCCCAGCUUGCAGAAAGCCCCAGUGGAAGUCCCCAGACGCAGAGGAUGAGUCUGUAGCCAAAAGCAAACCGGGAGUCCAGGAGGGGAUUCAGGUUCUUGGAAGCCUGUCAGCAUCCAGCCGGGCUAGGGCCAAAGUGAAAGACGAAGAUUCUGAUAAAAUCCUACGUCAGUUAUUAGGAAAAGAUAUUUCAGAGAAUGUCUGCACCCAGGAAAAGCUGUCGUUGGAAUUCCAGGAUGCUCAGACUUCCUCGAGACAUUCCAAAAAGAUCCCGCUGGAGAAGAGGGAACUGAAGUUAGCGCGGCUAAAGCAGCUGAUGCAGCGGUCCCUGAGCGAGUCUGACACGGACUCCAACAACUCUGAGGACCCCAAGGGCACCCCUGUGAGGAAGGUUGACAGGCCCAGACCGCAGCCCAUUGUGGAGAGUGUGGAGGGCGUGGACAGCGCAGAGAGCCUCCACUUGAUGAUCAAGAAACACACCUUGGCAUCAGGACGCAGGUUUCCUUUUAGUAUCAAGGCCUCCAAAUCCCUGGAGGGCCACAGCCCAUCCCCCACCUCAGAGAGCAGCGAGCCGGACUUGGAAUCCCAGUGUCCGGGCUCAGGAAACACCCCCCCAAGCCACCCCUCUGGAGAAGCCCCUCAGCUCAGCCCUGAUAGCACAGCCGCCCAGAAAGUGGCCACGAGUCCCAAGAGUGCCCUCAAGUCCCCGUCGUCCAAGCGCCGGACAUCUCAGAACUCAAAACUCAGAGUGACCUUUGAGGAGCCGGUGGUGCAGAUGGAGCAAACUAGCCUUGAACUAAAUGGAGAAAAGGAGCGAGAGAAGGGCAGGGCCCCCCAGCGGCCGUCCGCGGGUAGCGAAUCAGGGGAUCAGCUCAAAAGGCCUUUUGGAACCUUCCGAUCCAUCAUGGAGACGCUCAGUGGCAACCAGAACAAUAACAAUAACUAUCAGGCAUCAAACCAGCUGAAGACCUCCACCCUCCCCUUAACCUCCCUUGGGAGGAAGGUGACGGACGGUAAGGGAAACACCGGGAGCUCUGCUAGCAAAGGAAAAAAUAAGGCGGCAUGAUGACAUCAGUAGAAAAAUGAAGAAAUCCUACAGUAUAAAGCAUGUUGCUGAGCCAGAAUCAAAAGAACUCUUCUUAUAAAUCACUUUUUUAUUAUCUCUCAUUGCUGCCCUUUGGACACCAUUGGAAAUUUCUGGACUGUCCUCUGUGGAAAUAGAAUCAUGAGAACAAUGCCUCACCAGCAGAAGACCAGACGAUUAGGAUGCCUUAAAUUUAUAGCACUAGCAUAUAUAAGACACAUUUUGGGGUGAUAUUUGUAUAUAUAACUUGUUUUUAAAGAGAUGCAGUUUGAAAGCAUGAUUGGGCAAAUGUAUGUUUUUUAAGAUUGAUUCAACCUCCCCACAGGACAUCCACCAGCCACUGACACCAUUUUGUCUCAUCAGUUGCAUGGGUGUUUGCUGAUGCUGGCUGAACCUCCCUUUCCCCAUAAUACGGGCAAUUUGGGCUCAGCUUCUCUGGGAGACCAGGUCAGUGCUGUUGUUUUCUGUCGAGUGUUUUUUUCUGUCGUUUUUACUUUUUGUAUAAAGGAAAUAAAACAAUGUUAACAACCA